AUGGGCCCUGAGGAGACAAAGAAGCUUCAACGGCAAGUUGAUGGCCUACUAGGUAAGGGUUGGGUAAAAGAGAGUCUCAGUCCUUGUGCUGUGCCUGUGGUACUUGUCCCCAAAAAGGAUGGUAUUGGCGCUGUCCUUAUGCAAGAUAAGAGGCCUUGUGCGUUCUUCAGUGAGAAGCUGGGAGGUGCUGCCCUGAACUACCCUAUGUAUGACAAAGAGCUGUACGCACUUGUAAGAGCAUUGGAGACCUGGCAGCACUACCUCCGCCCAAGGGAGUUCGUGAUACACACUGAUCACGAAUCCUUGAAAUUUCUCAAGGGCCAACCAAAGUUAAGCAAGCGCCAUGCCAAAUGGUUGUUAGGGUUUGAGAUGCUCAAGGAGAUAUAUACCCAUGACCAUGACUUAGGCGAAAUCUAUGCAUCUUGUAUAAAGAGUCCACAUGCAAAGUAUUUCUUGCACAAUGGAUUUUUAUUUUAUAUGGAUAAAUUGUGUGUCCCUAACUUUUUCAUUCGUGAUCUUUUGGUUAGAGAGGCACACAAUGGUGGUCUCAUGUGA